CAACUUCAUGCUUCACCAAGAUCCAAACCACACCAAUUAACCGUCACUCUCUUGGAACCCCGGAUAAGGGUGUGUAUGUUUACUACUUGCUGAAGAGGUUUUGUUUGUUUGAGCAGAUGGCUCCAGUUUAUCCUCGACAGUACCAUUCAUUUUCACCUUCUACACCAGGCUAUGGCAAAGAAACACCAGGCACACCAGUCCCAGUGAAUACCUUCAUCGACCCCACAAUUUUUGUUGAGUUAUUCACAGGAACAGUGGGCAUUUUCAUAUUUGCGGUUUUAUUUUGGAAGCUCGGCAAGUUCUUUCGCUCGUUGACCAGACACAGAGUGCUGUGUACGGGCAAAUUAACAACGACUAGAUAUGCCAGAACUUGGUAUGGCUGGGUUCCUCUAGAGAGACACGAGAGAAAUAAGGCGUUCAUUCGGAAGACUUUCCGCUACGUUCGCGAAUGGCUGUCAUGGGAGUCACCCAGAACAGAUUACCAAUGGGUGUGGUGGGAUCCAGGCCUGGAGGCUAUAGCGGCACGACGGGCCAAACGAAAACGAGUGAAGCUGCUACCGGAAUGCUUGAAGAGCUAUGAGGAGUUGCCCGCCGCGCACAUUCCAUAUCCGCGAUCGUCUAUAGAGUGCCGUGGAGCAUUGGGCGGCAUCCACGACGCCGAACCUUCUCAGCCGAUUCGACUUGGGCCCGAAUGGGGUGAUAUCGUUGAGCCAUUGCCGCGAAUCAGCUUCAACGAGCACCGGCUCGAGAAUAGCGCCGUUUCUUCGGGCUCGCUGGAAAUGUUCACACCACGUUCACGGGCACACACCAGAUCCACCGACGACCGGGCUGAAGGUGGCUUGCUCGUGGAUGGAAGAGUGAUCGGACAGUUGUUGACCUUGCCGACCAAUGUGCAUUCUGUGCCAUUCUCGGCCAACAACCGACCUGCCCCUCGGAAGACGGCUUCAUGGGCAGAUGAAAAUACCUCACGGGUGCAACGUCUUUCUCGCCUGUCAUUUGUGCGAAACAGCUCUGAUGUCGCCGGGCCUAGCUCUGGGUCAAGUGUGCAUCAAAGUCUCCAAAGAUCCCUAGAAGUCUCGAGACCCCGUUUCAGUCGUGGAGACAUUGUCUCACGGAAAUACAGAGCGUGGUCGGCACAGAUGCAAGCCAAGGCAACUGGACUGGCACAGCCGCAUCUUCGGGAUUCCUCUGGUCCGCCGGGCACACCUCUUACGGCUCUUCUGGCCGGGUAUUUGUCGGAACAAAGUGCUUUCGACACAUCUUUAGAGGCAUCAGGGAGGGUCUCUAUGGGUGCAAACCCGUCCUUUGCGAAAAUUCCACUGACCUCCAGCCAUGAGUCUCUACAUCGAGGGAAAAGAGGCAUACUUGCAGGUUCUCUUGACAUUGAUUCGAAGUAUGCGUUCAACACUGCGGCAGCCAAGUCUCGGCCUUCUAAGAAGCCAAUAUUAUUUUCUGCACACACUUCGAAUCAGCUAUGGCAGUCAUGGCAAGAUACGGAUACAGUCAGUCUUCAUAAAACCAGCCUCCAGGCAACAUACGGUCACUCUGUGAUGGCGAGAGCCAGGACCAGAGCGAGAGCGAAAGCCCGAAACAGAUACGCAACACUUCCAGACUGCACAUAUGGUUGUGAUGGGGUUUCUGAAGACGAGCAAACCCCGAUUGCGAAGCUGAGCGACUGGGAGGUGCGACUGAUUGAUCAUUUGAACCGCAAGUUGGGUUGGAUAUACAACGAGAUGACGCCCGGGCAAAAGCCAUACCACUUUGCAUUACUUGCCAAUCAUUGGCUCAACAGAGAGACCUGGCUUGUGAUCGAUCCCAUCUCGCGAGUGCCAAUACAUCGACGUCGGCAAUGGGGAGACCCACGAUUCAGUCCUACUGAUGCCGAGAACGAACCCGUUCCUGGGCUCAAGUACCCGGUCACCGCACGUAAACGAGCUCAGAUACCGCGGAUCGAUUCAUGGCGGGCUGUAGUCAACGAACAAAGGAGGGUGUCUGGAAAUGGAAUCGCUAUCCCAACAAUUGAUUUAUAUGAAGACUCAGCCGAGGAACCACCGGAUGGGCACAUUGACCCAGCUUGUUGGAUCUUGCCGAAGCCACCCCAGGGGGUUGAGAUGUCCACUAGACAGAAGAACGCCUGGUAUGAAGGAGGUGCUGGAUGGCAGGAAAAGCUGGGAGACUGGCAGCAAGUUCGCCGGGGAUAUCGUCUAGCAAAAUUUGCCCAUGAGGGCCGUGCCAAUCGGAAUCGGGCGAAGGAGCUUGUGUCGCAAAUCUCAAAAAUGCUGCCAUACAAUGUCGCUCAGACUGCUUCCUGA